CCCACUGCGCUCACUGCCCCGGCAUCAUGUCCCGCUCGGAGGAGGUAAACCGGCUCACGGAGAACGUCUACCGGGCGAUUCUGGACCAAUUCAACCCCAGUCUAAGGAAUUUUGUUACUAUGGGGAAAAACUAUCAAAAAGCACUCUCAGGAGUUACGGUGGCUGCCAAGGGUUAUUUUGAUGCCUUAGUGAAACUCGGUGAGUUGGCCAGCGACAGCCAAGGAUCCAAGGAGCUGGGUGACACAUUGUUCCAGAUGGCUGAAGUGCACAGACAGAUCCAAGUACAACUGGAGGAGACGCUGAAGCUUUUCCACUCGGAGCUGUUGUCUCAGUUGGAACAUAAACUGGAAUUGGAUAUCAAGUACCUGAUGGCCACCCUGAAGAAAUACCAGGUUGAGCACCGUGCCAAAGCGGAGUCGAUUGAAAAGUGUCAGGCGGAGCUGAAGAAACUGCGCAAGAAAUGCCAGAACAGCAAAAACCCACAGAAAUAUGGGGACCGUGAAGUGCAGUACGUGGAGAUCAUGAGCACCAAACAGAGUGAACUGGAUCGGUUUGUGGCGGAAGGCUACAAGGCAGCUCUGACGGAAGAGAGGCGCCGGUACUCCUUUCUGGUGGAUCGUCAGUGUGCCGUCUCCAAGCACUUCAGCAACUAUCACACUAAGGUGCGGGAGUUGCUGGCAGCCAAGUUGCCCAUCUGGCAGACGUCGUGCACCCAACCCACCCGCUUACCUGAACGGGCGCUGGCCCUGGUCAAGCUCACAGCCAAUAACCCGUCUGGUGGGGCUCCCAUACCAGCCCCGGACUCCCUUGCCAGCUCCAAGGUCCUGGAAGAGCUGUCAGAGCUCGGACCAAACCAUCGCGCCUCCAUCCAGGAGGUGACCCCUCUGCCAAAUGGUGACUCGCACCGUGGCAGGGGAUCCCGGGACUUGGGCCACCUGCCAGUCAGCGAGCCCAUCACCAUCACCUCAGGCCUGCCACCUACACAAACCACUCAGACCCCUCCGCAGACCAAGACUGCCGACAGCUAUUCCUGUACCCUGCCGAUGCCUCGCAAGAUGUCCAUGGAGACCCGCCUGGCAACGCUGGUGGAGAACAAGACCCUUCCCCGCAUCAGUCCUCUUUCGGUCCUGCCUCCACGUUCCGAACGCCGGAGGGUCCAGGCGAUCUUCUCGCAUGCGGCAGGCGAGAACAGCACCCUUCUUAACUUCCAAGAGGGGGACAUGAUCCUUCUAUUGGUGACCGAGGCGCGGGACGGCUGGCAUUACGGGGAAAAUGAGAUGACUAAAAUGAAAGGCUGGUUUCCUUUCUCCUACACCCGGCCCUUCCCCCUAGCUGAGGGAGCUGACAAACCAUUCAGCAGUUUCCCACUUAGCAAGAUGAACAGCAGCAGCACAGGAAAUUUGGACCGAGCUGGGUCUCCACUGACUGGCCCCGAGGCAGGGGACGCUGCACGCUACGGACCAUCACCUCGCGCCCUUGCGUCCCGCCAACGGCCGUACAGCAUGCUAAACCCCGACCUGUCACAGCUAGCAAAUGAGUUUGGGAGCCCAACUGCCUCUCCUUCGAGGACCAACCCAUUUGCUCACAUCAAGCUGAAACGUACAGUGACCAACGACCGCUCAGCCCCGCUCAUCCAGUGAGAGGUGCAGUGAUUGGCGGAGACAGACCACUGCCCCCGCCUCUUCUGCUCUUGCCCCCACCAAGUGGCCUUUCCCCACCUAACAAAGCGUUUCUGGCUGAAGUGUCGGCACCAGCGGCCAGGCCUGACUCCUCAUCACCGCCCCCCUCUUGUGGCCAGUGAGAGUGUUGCAGCUCCUCAGGCUUGGACCAUGUGG